AUUCAUUUUCAUUUUCAUUUUUCAUUCAUUUUUUGUGCCGAGCGGACAUGCCGAGCGUGGUGCUCCGAUAAAUCUGUUAGUUUGAACAUUUGCGUCCGUACUGUUUACCUGCUCGAUGCCGCGCAGUCGGGGCGCAACCAUUCUUUACGGCGAUCCAAAGGCGAGAAUCAUCGAACCCAAGUACAGUGCGUAAUCUCAACGGUUUGAAGCAGCACUAUCUAAACCUCGUGAAAUAUUGCUUCAAUUCAAAAUCAUUACGCACGUUGGCAACGCAUGGAUAGAUGCCUUGUGCUGGUGUCUGAUUACGUACCAGGCGGUACCAUACUAUUGUUGUUAAAAUAAACCCAGAAAGUGUGCAACUCAGUGCUACUAACGUCGACCAUCGGUGCUGCUCGCAGCGACUUAAUUGUAUACCGCGUAUUUGGCAAUCUAAUCUGUGCGCUAUUCUUUGUAUACUUGCGUGUGUGCGUGUGUGUGCUCGCGCGCGUGUGUGUGUGUGCGUGUCUGUGUGUUUCGACGUGCUUACGGCAACAAUUACGUCGGGUCCGCGUGGGUUCGUUAUUUAUUGUACGGCAUAGUGUCUUACCUGGCGUUGUGAAAACCAGAGGAAACGGCAAUGCCAUCAAAACCGGACUUUGCCGCAGAGAUCAGCACCGAUAGAAUGUCGUGAGAAUUUAGCGCACAGUACGCACAAUAGCUAUUCGCAGUACGGAUCAAAACUGACGAGACAGCUUGGCCUGCGUAACUUGGCAUAUAACAAACUUUGCCGUGCAAUGGUGCAUUAAGUGAAAAGUGUCGACGAAUCGUAUUCUGUGUGUGAAAUCAAGUAUCUGAAGUGAAGUUCUAGUUGUGUGUUGAGGCGCUUUAACAUAAUCGAAAGUGUCAAUGGAGGAAGCUAGCUUUAUGCUGACAGAAAUCCCGGGCGGUUUCAUAUCGCACCGACCGCACACGAUUGCCGGUGGCCAUCAUCAUCGGUUUGCGCCCUAUCCAGCGGUUUUGCACCAACCACAUUUGCAGCAGACGGUCACCUCACCCGCUAUAUACACCAUUCCUUCGCAUCAUCCGUCGCACCAUCAUGCCCACUCACAUCAUGCACAUUCCGGACAUCAUGCGGCUCAUCACCAUCAUCACCAUCAUCACCAUGCGUCGAUCCGGUCGGCGAACCGGCCCAAAAGUCCGGCCACGCUGCCGUCGCAAGCCAUCGAGGAGGAAGGCACACACAUUGGACACCUGUACCCGGAAAUACUAGCCAUGAUCUUUGCCAAGCUGAGCGUCAAGGAUCGUGGCCGUGCCGCGCAGGUGUGCACCGUCUGGCGGGAUGCUGCGUACGCGAAGAGUUGCUGGCGAGGUGUCGAAGCCAGUCUGCAUCUGCGGCGGCCCUCCCCAACACUGUUUGGUUCGUUGGUCAAACGGGGCAUCAAGCGCGUGCAGGUGUUAUCGGUGCGACGCGCCCUAAAGGACAUUGUGACCGGUGUACCCAACCUAGAGUCGCUUAAUCUGAGCGGCUGCUACAACAUCACGGACAUGGCCAUUGGGCACGCGUUUGCUGCCGACUUUCCGAACCUGAAGGUGCUCAAUCUGUCGCUCUGCAAGCAGGUGACCGAUUCGAGCCUGGGCCGCAUCACACAGCAUCUGAAAAACAUUGAGGUGCUCGAGCUUGGCGGAUGCAGCAACAUCACCAACACGGGGCUGCUGCUUAUUUCGUGGGGUCUGAAGAAGCUACGCCGGCUAAAUUUGCGCUCCUGUUGGCACAUUUCGGACCACGGCAUUGGGCAUCUGGCCGGGCUUAGCAAAGAGACGGCAGACGGCACUCCAGCCCUCGAGUACCUGGGCCUGCAGGACUGCCAGCGCCUGUCGGACGAGGCGCUGCGCCACAUCGCCCAGGGUCUCACCUCGCUGCGGUCCAUCAAUCUAAGCUUCUGCGUGUCCGUCACAGACAGUGGGCUGAAGCAUUUGGCGCGGAUGUCGCGCCUAGAGGAGCUGAAUUUGCGCGCCUGUGAUAACAUAUCGGACAUCGGUAUGGCGUACCUGACGGAAGGCUGCAGCUCGAUCUCAACGUUGGAUGUUAGCUUCUGUGAUAAGGUGGCCGACCAGGCCAUGGUGCACAUCUCGCAAGGUCUGUUCCAGCUGCGCUCCCUGAGCCUCAGUGCGUGUCAAAUCACGGACGACGGGCUGUCCCGCAUUGCCAAAUCGCUGCACGAUCUGGAGACGCUCAACAUUGGCCAGUGCAGUCGUAUCACCGAUCGUGGGCUAGAGAUCGUAGCCGCCGAACUGGUCAACUUACGUGCCAUCGAUCUUUACGGCUGUACCCGGUUAACGCCUAAUGCGCUGCAAAAAAUUAAUCAAUUGCCGCGACUGUCGAAGGUUAAUCUCGGUCUCUGGCACGUCCGGUGAUGUGCUCCAGGACACUAAAGAUUUUGUCUCCCGAGUGCAGCAAAUGCAUUGCGUUCGCGUAUAGUAUAGGAAAAGAAAAGCAAAACAGAAAGAACUCCGAAAAACAUUUUCAAAAAGACGCGCCGCGAAGGGUUGCGAUUGUUUUACGUUGAUUGUAUGUUGCGUUACAUUAUUCAAUUUUAGAUUAUUUCAGUUAAAACAUUAGUCCUCGUGGUUCUUUAUUCUCAUUGUACAUUUGUUUUGCGCAAAACAACGUUAUUUUGUUGGUUUAUUUUCAAUUUAUCAAAAACACGGACAAAGAUUAAGGCAUUAUCACCCUAUUAUCCCAAAAUACAUGUGCCAGGUGUGGGAGCAAAAGAUAAGGCUAUUGUGAUCGGAGGUAAGGUUUAAUGUGACUGAAAAGAUUUUACCCUCCCCAAAGCGAUGUCCACUUCAUCUGUCUCCCGUAGUGUAGGAAGCGUAGUCUUGCGGGAUGUGUUACGUUAAAGGCUUUAAUUGUAUAGUACGAUUAUUAUGAUAAGUUACUCAAACUAACAUGAACCUGUACCAAAGGGGAACAGGGGAAGGGGCUUUCCUUUCUUCUCCCUUCUUAUUCUGCUGCAAGGCGUGCACCGAUGCGAUUAAAGGCGGUUUGCAGGCCGGCAGACAGAGAACGUGCGAUCGGUUUAGUAGAGCCAGACAGGCAAGCAACACCUACAGAUACUAGGUCAAACAAACGCUUUCCAAUGAAGUGGAGGUUAUUCUGCAGCCAGCCGGUCCCGUUGUUGUCAGGGGUGCAACGCGUCGCAACUCGUAGGGUUAUAUUGUUGUAAUUUUAAGUAAAACAAUUAGGACAAACCAAAAGCCAUACGAUUCAAAUGAUUUUACUCGCUCUUAAACCAGAGCAGGAGGUCGUAGCUUCAAGAUGGGUGAGAAAAACAAGAAUGAGCUAGACAUUCGAUCUCCUUUUCAUAAGUCAGAACGAUACAGGAGCCAGCAAAGAGAGAAAAAAAAAACGAAAUAUCCCCGUCAGCCAUACACUGGCGAUGCAAUGCCUCCGGAGGCAGAUGUGUCAAUAGGUGUAAAGAAGGGUAGUUGGCAUGUACCAUCUGUAUUAAAAAACCAAUUCCUGUACAACGUGUUUUUCAAUGAUGUAAAUCACUGAACGUUGAAAAUAACAGAAAAAUUAAAACCAAAUAUCAAAAACAA